CCGGCCUCCCGUGAGGCCAGGCGCAGCGCUACGUAGUCGGAAGCUGCUGGCGGCUGGUGGGCGACCUGAGAGCCCUCUCCGCUCGGCUCUCCCGCUGACCCGACCCAAGCUCCUGCUCGGCCAGUCGUACCCUGGUUCUGAGCACUCACCGACACAGACCUGGCCUGCCCAGCCCAGCCGGCCUGGGAGGGCCCAUUGCUCUUCACCCUCAGAAGUGUUUCUCCAGAGGUGCCGCGAAGCCUGGCUGACACCCUAGCCUCAGCUCACUUGAUAGCUUCCUGCUUUGGCCUUUGAUUCCAGCAGAGAAAGAUCAAGGAGACGACACUAAAACUGUCAGUGGGACACCUGUUACUUCUGCUCCAGAGUGCUGGUGUGAUUUCCAUACUUGUGCCGCCUUCUGAAUGUGCACCAUCCUCUGAAUUCGAGGGAGCAGCACUCAGCACAGCACCAUGGCCAGCCCAAGAACCAGGAAAGUUCUUAAAGAAGUCAGGGCACAAGAUGAGAACAAUGUUUGCUUUGAAUGUGGUGCAUUCAACCCUCAGUGGGUCAGUGUGACCUAUGGCAUCUGGAUCUGUCUGGAAUGCUCAGGGAGACACCGUGGGCUUGGGGUGCACCUCAGCUUUGUGCGCUCUGUUACAAUGGACAAAUGGAAGGACAUUGAGCUUGAGAAGAUGAAGGCUGGUGGAAAUGCUAAGUUCCGAGAGUUCCUGGAAGCACAGGAGGAUUAUGAGCCCAGCUGGUCCCUGCAGGACAAGUACAGCAGCAAAGCUGCAGCUCUCUUCCGGGACAAGGUGGCUACUCUGGCUGAAGGUAGAGAGUGGUCCCUGGAGUCAUCACCUGCCCAGAACUGGACUCCACCUCAGCCCAAGACACUGCAAUCCACUGCCCACCGAUCCUCUGGCCAGCCACAGACUGUGACUGCCUCUGGGGACAAGGCUUUUGAAGAGUGGCUUAAUGAUGACCUUGGCUCCUAUCAGGGGGCCCAGGAGAAUCGCUACGUGGGGUUUGGGAACACAGUGCCAUCUCAGAAGAGAGAAGAUGAUUUUCUGAACAAUGCCAUGUCAUCCCUGUACUCGGGCUGGAGCAGUUUUACCACUGGGGCAAGCAAGUUUGCCUCUGCAGCGAAGGAGGGUGCUACAAAAUUUGGAUCCCAAGCAACUCAAAAGUUUUGGGGUUACAAGCAGCAGCCAGAGCCGGCUUCGGAAUUGGGCCACAGCCUGAACGAGAACGUCCUCAAGCCUGCGCAGGAGAAGGUGAAGGAGGGAAGGAUUUUUGAUGAUGUGUCAAGUGGGGUCUCUCAGUUGGCAUCCAAGGUCCAGGGAGUUGGCAGCAAGGGAUGGCGUGAUGUUACCACCUUCUUUUCUGGGAAAACUGAGGACUCCUCAGAUAGACCACUAGAGGGCCACAGCUACCAAAACAGCAGUGGGGACAACCUCCAGAACAGCACCAUCGACCAGAGCUUCUGGGAAACCUUCGGGAGUGCUGAGCCCCCCAAGGCUAAGUCCCCAAGCAGUGACAGCUGGACCUGCGCAGAUGCCUCAACGGGGAGAAGGAGCUCAGACAGCUGGGACGUGUGGGGUUCGGGCUCUGCUUCCAACAAUAAGAACAGCAACAGUGAUGGCUGGGAAAGCUGGGAGGGUGCCAGCGGGGAGGGCAGGGCCAAGGCCACAAAGAAGGCAGCACCACCCACUGCUGUUGAUGAGGGGUGGGACAACCAGAACUGGUAGGCCCCUGCUCCGCUCCGGCCCCAGCCCUGAUGGGCUACUGCUGUGUUUGCACUUUACCCUUGUCUUUCGUUCCUCCUGUUUGACCUCUGUGGAGACAGCAUCUCAGGCAGGAUUUGAGUUGGUGCUGCCUGCCUGAUGUGAGGUGGCACUCUUCAAGGUCUCAAGGGACCUGCCAUCCACCUGCCUCUUGGGUUCUCUGAGCAGCUGUCCUGGACUCUGGGUUCUUGGGACCUGGCUGCUAUCAUGGCAGCCCUGACAUGGCUGGGAUUACAGCCCGUGCCACACUAUUGGGCAAGCCAGACAUUUGGUUUAAUUUUUUUUCUUUAAACUUUAAAGACUUGCUCUAGUCCUCUUUUCUUUUUGAAGAACAUGCCUGGAGUCUUAACGAUGGAAAUGAAUGCCAAAAGCAAUACUGGAGCUCGCACUGCCACCGGUGUCCUAAUCUCCAUGUCCAUGUCCCUGUGGCCUGUGCUGUGAAACUCACCCUUGUGACCCUCUGCCUUUCCUGCAUCAGCCCUGCCCAGCCUUGGUUCGUUGACACAGCCCUUCCAUAGAUGGACACGUGCGGCAGAGGGGCCUGCGGCCCUCCUUAUGUACCUAGCUGCUCUCGGCAUUGAACUCAGCAGGCCUGGGCGCCCUAAGCAGCUGAAAAGUGAGAAGAGCAAAAGGCUGGAACAGCUUUGGCUUGCCUGUCCCUUCCCGUGCUGGGGAUGAUGGGCCUGGGGUGCUUCAGCAGCCCAUGUGAUGGGGACCCUUCACCCCAAUACAUAUUCACGACAGCCAGGGCUGCUUCCAGCAUGGGCACUAGAGGGUCAGACACAGGUGAGCACACCUGGUCAUGUCUUCCAGCUGGCCCUGUCUCAUGCCUUGUGGACUUUGGAACACUGGUGCCCUGCAGAUGAGAUCUGGCAUGUGAUGCCAGCAAUUGGUGUGACUGCCUUUCCUUCCAAGAGUUCCAUGAUACGCUAUGUGGCUGUGGCUGGAAUGCCCAGCUGAGCCUCUGUCUCUCAAUACCCACUUCUGUCUGACCCUCAGUUUGACCAGCAGUGCAUGACAUGAAGCUCAGUGUGGUUUAUAUGUGACAUGCUUGCUACCCUCUGCUGGGGAUGUAUUUUUUUGCAGUGCCAUAAAGAGCCAUUGGGUCCUGA